GUUGCACUUGAUUAGCUUCCUUUCUUUUGUAGAGGCUAGGAAGAUUACAGCAAUCAAACUAUUGGGGACCAUUAUUGCUUUGCAUUACAAGAAGGAAGAUCCUGGGUAGGCGGGAAUCCAGUUUCGUCCUUGGAAAGUGAUCUGACCUUACCUAAAUGUGACCUUCGGUUGUCAUCCAGAUCAUCUGCACUUUUGUUGGGCUGCGUUUUUCCAUAGACGCUGCUCUGCCAUGCUACGGCUUUGCUAUAACAAUCAAACCGCGUUUAAUCGAACACAAUGCCUUAAUGUUUUUAGGUGUUGUACGCCGCUCGACUGCUACGGUUAUUCCACCCUCGCUGAACCAGUUGGAACGUCAAAUCCUCCACGAAAGCCUCGACGAUGGAUGCGCAAAUUUUUGCUGGCAACCUUAUUUACCACUGUUUCAGCCGCUGGCCUAUUAUACACAAGUCAAUAUUUUCGUGGCUUGUUGACGGAUCGGUAUCCUAAAGCUGCACCGAUUCUAAACCGGGUGAAAAACUUUCUUGGUGGCUGGUAUGAUGAACAUGAUGCCUUGCUGUCUACAUCCUCUACGGGCGAUGCGUUCCUGCCCUCCUUUUAUGACCCAACUGAAGACUCGGAUGCUAGUUCCCUACCAACGGUUGAAGAUGUCGUGAAAAUGACACAGGAACGCAGCCGGAGAGUUAUAUCUCCUAAGACAUUGCAUGAUACCGAGAAUGAGAUGGCGGAAGCGACUCGCGCUGUUCGCGCCGCAAUGCGUAGUCUGGCUGAGCUAGAAGGUGCCACGAGAAAUCACAUUGAUGGACUGCGUGACGCUAUAAAAGCACCGGAUUCUAGCAAAACCAAAGAGAAAAUGUGGGACCAAGUCUCUCACUUGUCUGCUCUGAAGGACAAAGCUGAAACUAAAGCGAAUGCAGCCGUGGAGGAAGCCACUAAACGUCUGGGUGCUCUUCGGGAGUCCAUUAAUCAGCAUAAGCUGAACGACGAGUCCCUUGAAGCGGAAUGGCUUCCGAAAGGGCUAAAGGCCCACGGGACUUUGCAAUAUGAUCUCUCUGGAUCGAUCUACGAGGUCCGAAAAUUACAAAAUGAGCUGCACAUGUUAAUGCGUUAUCGAGAUCUUAUUUCGAAAACUCACGGAACACUGCAGAAAGAUUUGCACUCCAUCUGGGAAAGCACAGAUCUAAACAAACUAUCAAAAGACGCUUCAUCUCUCAGUGUGGGUGAGCUGAACUCCCUCAUUGUGGUGGCUCAUAAUCGCAUUGGUCAGUUGCAAGCAAUGCUGGCAGAUGCUGAGGAGCGCGAGAAUGCCCGAUUGAAUUCGGCGUUAGAAGCACAACGACGCGCAGACGAAGGCCUCAUUGUGGACUACGUGAACCGCGAAUUGGAGCGCGAACGGAAUGCACACGAGCUGGAUCGCCUUAGAUGGGAAGCGGAGGCACGAGAGGCAACUCAGCGGGAGCUGCAGGUUGCAUUGGCUCGUCACAGUGAGAACCUCGCACAAAUGUUGUCUUUCAACAAAAGUGAAAUGGAGCAUCAGUUUGCCUAUCGGAUGCGCGAGGCAUUGGCUCAAGAAAGGACAGCUUUUGAAGCCGCCUUAUCCGGCUGGACCAAACGGAUGGAGGCUAUCGAAGAUGUUAUUGACGGACGAACCGAACUCGACCGCAUCUCUAAGGAAACCCAAGCGCUUUGGAUUGCUUGCGAGGCACUGGCAUCCAACUUGUCUUCCACAUCACCCACCAUCAUCGAACAUUCCUCUCAACCUGGGGCGACUUUUACCGGACCUCUGAAAGAUUUUCUGGAGGCAAUCGAGGAGUCCGCUUCUACCGGUGACUAUCCUUUCGCUAUGUCUAUUUUGCAACAAAUACCUUCGGAAGUCUCACAGAAUGGCGUUUGGCUGGAGCGUGGACUAAAAGAGCGAUUCGAAAAGGUAUUAUUCAUCUAA